AAAAUCAUAGAAAUUUGGUGCAAUUUCAACCCCACAAAACCAACUUUGAAUGUGAAGUUUCUUCCUUCUUUACUUCAUACACUAUGCAUGCAUAUAUGUAUAUAUAUAUUAAAUGCUUUCCUUGGAGAUAGCCUCAUAGGGGAGAAAAGAAAGAAAAAUGUCAGCUGCUGUUGGAAUUUUCUCAGCAUCCAAACAAAAUGGUUUCAUGAAAAAUGAAAGAAACAACAAUAAUAAUGAUAGAGAAGCAAAGAACAAUGCUGAUCACCAUGAAGAUGAUGAGAAUGAGGUUGAUGAAGAAGAUGAUUGCGUUGUGAAACCUGACAAGGAACUGGAUCUUGGUCCUCUGUUGUCACUCAAAGAGCAACUUGAAAAGGACAAGGAUGAUGAAAGUCUGAGGAAAUGGAAGGAGAAGCUUCUUGGGAGUGUUGAUAUGUCUGCAGUUGGAGAGACUGAGGAGCCAGAAGUUAAGAUAGAAAGCCUCUCCAUCAUGUGUAGGGGCCGAGCAGAUAUUGUUUUGCCUAUUCCAUUUGCUUCAAAGCCAAAGAGCAGUCUUUUUGUACUAAGGGAAGGAAGCCGAUAUCGCCUCAAAUUCUCCUUCACCGUCUCUGACAACGUCGUCUCCGGUCUUAAAUACACCAACACUGUCUGGAAGUCUGGAGUUAGAGUGGAGAAGACGAAAGUGGUGUUGGGAACAUUUAGUCCUCAAAAGGAACCUUACACUUGUGAAUUGGAAGGAGAAGCUACCCCUUCGGGCUUCUUUGCUAGAGGCUCAUACUCUGCAAGAACCAAGUUUGUAGAUGAUGAUGACAAAGCAUAUUUUAACAUAAAUUUUAUUUUACUUUUCAAACAUAUAAUACUAUAUAUUGGUUUAAUGAUUCUAUUCACUGAUUAG